UCACAAAACAACAUAAUGAGCGAAAUGAGAAACUUAUUCCAAUCCAUGUCGUCAGAGAACGCGCGGCUUGCGGACAAUAUUAGCGGUGAUUAUAAAUUCAAAAAACGUGGAAAUGAGGAGCAACACAAACACAACGUCAGAGUUUUAAACAAAUUUAAGGAAGUUGAGGCAGUUGUUUCCUCCAUGAACAACGAACACACACCAAGCCUUAUGGAAAAAGUCGAACAAGGUAUGCAGUUAGUUUCCCACCGCCAAAAGCUAAUUAAAUUAGCAGACUCGUCCGAGGCAGGUUGGCUCGCCGUCAGCGAGUACGAAACAAAUCCUUUGGCCGACGACAGCGACGACGAAAGGAGGAUUAUCAAGGCACAGUCACGAGCCGAUAGGAAAAUCAAGGCAGAACGUCAAAAACGUCAGAACGACAGGCGACCUUAUAAUCCAGCGUUUCGACAAAACAACCACACUGUACACAGGGCUGGGAACGGUGAAAUGGACCACAGCACGUGCACGAGAGCCACACCGCUAAAGAAGCCUGGGAGAUGUUUCAAUUGUGGGGACCAUGGUCAUUGGAAAGGGGAGUGUCCCAAGGGAGCAAGACUCACCAAUGACAAGAUAAGUAGUUUUUCUUUAAUUCAUUUGAAUACGGUGAGUAAUACUGUAUCCAGUAAUCUAAAUGUUUUGGUCGGAGGCGACGCUGUGACGACGCCAGUAGGCAGGCUAUUAGCUCAGGUACACCAGUGGGAGAAAAUUACACAAAACGGUCAUAUUCUCGACAUUAUAAAAGAAGGGUACAAGAUACCAUUGAAAACCACCCCGGUAAGUACUGUUUUAGACAACAAUAAAUCUGCUAAGAAUAAUGCCGAGUUCGUUACACAAGAAAUACAAAAUUUGGUUAAAAAAGUAUGCGUUUCCAUGGUAACAAAAAAACCAGAGGUAGUCAAUCCUUUGACAGUGGCCUGUAACAAAAAGGACAAGCUUAGAUUAGUACUAGACUGCAGACAUGUCAAUCCACAUUUGUUUCAAUUUCGAUUUAAAUAUGAGGACGCUCAAGUAGCCAGAAGCACAUUUGACAAGGGGGAUUUUUUAUUCAGUUUCGACCUCAAAUCUGCUUAUCAUCACAUCAUGAUUUAUCCGCCACAUCGCACAUUCCUAGGAUUUGGUUGGCAAGGCCUAGACCUACAUACUAAUGUGACUGCAGCCGCAAUCGGAAGUGGAGUAAUGGGUGAUAGCGGUUUGGGCAAAUUAUCCAGGAAGAUGGCACAUUUUUUGCUACAAUCCAAAAGUGACAAUACGACCAAGGCAUAUUACUACAGUUUCAAGAGGUGGGAAUCUUUUAUCAAAGGACAUGGCUUUAAUCAUUUACCAGCACAGCCCAUACACGUAGCGUUAUAUAUCACGCAUUUAUUAGAUAAUAAUUUUUCGUAUCAUUCCAUUAACUCUGCUAUUUACGGGAUCAAAUGGGCUCACGAACUUAAUAAUUUUAUUGAUCCCACAAAAAAUGCAUUUAUAUCAAAUCUUCAGGAGGCGGCCCGCAGAAUUGCCAGGCCCAAAGUGUGUAAAAAAGAUCCAGUGAACGUAGAAAUGCUUGUUAGAUUGUGUGAGAUGUUCAAAGAUUCAGACGAUCUCGUCGUUAUCAGAGAUUUGUGUAUGAUACUGCUGAGUUUUGCAGGUUUUUUGAGAUAUGACGAAGUAAGUGCAUUGCGCGGUGUCGACAUAAAAGUUCGCGAUAGUCAUUUAUUGUUGUAUAUUGAAAAAAGCAAAACCGAUCAAUAUAGGAACGGUAACGAAGUUCUCAUAAGUAAAGGACAUACUUUAGCCUGUCCUUACCAGAUGUUUCAGAAAUAUACGGAGCUAUCCGGCAUUACUCUCGAUAGUGAGUUUUAUAUUUUCCGUCCAAUUUUCAGAUCAAAAGACAUUUGCAAAUUGGUUUAUAAAAACAAACGAUUAAGUUACACGAGAGCCAGGGAAGCGAUUAUUACCAGACUACGUUUGGUCGGACCAAACCUUAAUCUUGGUUUACACUCUCUGAGAUCAGGCGGCGCUAGCGCGGCGGCUAACUCUACCGUGAACGAGAGAUGCUGGAAGAGACACGGACGCUGGAAGAGCGAGGGUAGUAAGGAUGGUUAUGUGGUGGACACGGUAGAAAAAAGGUUAGCUGUGUCCAGGUCCUUAGAGCUGUAGAGUUUACCAUUUGGUCCCAGCUUCACAUGUCCGGAACCCCCAAUUGUUGCGUUUCUACUCUACGCGGCAGGCUAGUCGGCAAAAUGUAGUAUUUGUGUCGGUGUUGUUUAUAAUGGAGUAGAUAGAGGAGUUUUAUACUUAAAUUUUCCCGCGUUUCGCUAGUAUAAGCCGGGAAAAUGUUGUAUAAACGGCUCGUGCUACUCGCUCCGUACGUGUAAUAGAUCACGUGAUACAGGUGAAAUAGGGUAUUGUAGUAAGGUGAAAUAUCAUUAUCUAGCUGCCCACAGUACGGUUAACACCAAAACUUGACAAGUUUUGCAAUGCACUUGUAUUCGUUUAUAUAUAUACAAAUGUAUAUAUACAUUUUAUUGUGUAAUAGUAUAAUUUCCGAAUAUUUUUUAUAUGUGCUGUACAUCUUGGUGAUUAGGGGUAAAACAUUUGUUUCAAUAUUUUUGUCCAUCCCGGAUCAGUCCAAGGUUUUCCAGAGUUUUUUAUAUACAUAUUUAAAAAAGAACGAUUUAUUCUGAAACAUACUAUUGAGAAAAACAUGUUUUUAUCUCUGGUUUUUAGCCCAGGACUCGAUCUUUUAAUUUCAACUUCUACAAUAAACGUCACAUAUGAGGAUAUGAGUGGAAGCGAGGGACGGGUAUAUAUAUACGUGCGAGGUCAUGUUACAUUUGUAAUUUGCUCAAAAUGCAAAAUUAAAAUAAACUCUGGCUACCGUACUCUACGCGGCAGGCUAGUCGGCAAAA